AUCAGUCAUAGUAUUAAAUGGUAUGUUCAAAUUGGAUUUGACUUAGUUGAAGGUAAAGAUAUAGUCGAGGUGACAAAAGGGUUAGCUAGAACAUCACUAGCACAAAUCACAAUAAAUCGUAACGAUAGAAAUAGUAGAUCUGAAAUUGAAGACCUAGUAGAAAGUGAAUUAGCUAAGUUUAUUCGUGCUAAAGGACUGCCUAACAUAGGGUCAUGGAAAAAUUUUUCACCAGCAGAAAUAGACAAAUUAUCUAAUUUCCCGAUUACUCAUCCAAAGCCAAUAGUUUCAGCAUAUACAAAACUCAUAUCUGAUUGGACAAUUCCAAUUCCUAAGAUACAAGUUUCUACAAGUAAUAGUAUAAUCAAAGAUAUGUUAAUGGAGGGUAAAUUUGGAAACGAUCAUCAAGAUAUUGAGG